AAGCUUUACUCCCCUCAGCAGAAUUACGACUUGACAUAGCUGGGGUUGCGAUCUAAUCAAACGUUUUCUUGCGCCUCGCCAUAAAUCAACAUCAUGGCAAUGGCCCAAAGGAAAAACAAAAACCUAUCGAUUGCGUCCAUCGAUAGUAUUGAUGAACCUUAUCCCAAUCGUCAAAGUCAGCUUUACAGAGAACUCGAGGUUUUACUGGAGCUCACGCCAAGCACUUUCAGCUCAAAUCUUCUAGCGCUACCACGAGAGCUUCGGGAUCAGAUCUUCGACUAUGUGUUACCAGAAGCUGUCGAAAGUCGCCCAGAAUUACACACAUGCCUUUGGGGGGCCGAUAUGGUCAACGGAGAGCCCUGGAGACAUGAUAUAUUUGGCUAUGAAACUUCAGUACCUAACGCUGACCGGCUGCGUCCCGAACUCUUGCUUAUUAAUAAGCAAAUCCGCGACGAGCUGUUGCAAAACUACUUCCGCCGUAGCAAGCUGACACUACACGCUGAGUUGCGGAACACUACAGCAAACAACGAUCACUUCGAAUACUCCCCACACAUCCUACAGCUGCCAAUGCUGAAGCAUGUCACUCACAUCAGAUUCUAUGUGGAAUGGAACUACACGACAACGAAGCACGUUAUCAAGGAGCGACGACUGAAGGACCAAGUUCGCAUGACCGACGACCUGCUAAAAGCAAUGGACAAAAUUAUUCACCCGUUACAAGCGAUCGAAACAAUCGAGCUCUCCAUCCUUUUCUUCUGGAAAUAUCAUUUUGGCAAGGUAUACAGCCUCUCUAUGCAAGACCUUUUCGAUCUCGAAGAUAACUUUAAGCGGUACGCCGAGCAACGCUGGCUUACUCUUCUCCGCGACAACAAGUCGCCGUCUGUGAUAUCGCCCAACCCGUCGGCGGCAGGAGUGGGAUACAAGCUGUCCAGUGAGAAGAAGGGCACGGAGCAAAGUGGGGGCAUGGAGAUUUUCGUGAGCCAGGAUUUGGAGGAUGCGAUGAGGGUUCGACGGAGGAGUAACGUGGAUUUUUACGGGCAUUAUGGCAUUUCAGAUCCAUUGCCGCAGCCCAGUUAUAGACAUGGCGUGAUGAUCUAGCUCGCGCGAAGGAGGAAAUACUAAGCAGACCUCGGCUGAGCAAGGGAUAUG